CCCUUCACAAGCUUCAAACCAUUUAGAACUCUGCAGCUCAUGUCUUGUUUUGCACCAGACUCAGUGAACCUAUCACCCACAUUGUCACCCGGCUCCACUGGCUCCCCAUUCCCUAGAAGAUCGAGUUCAAAAUCUUCAUCCUUGCUUUUAAAUCCCUCCAUGGUUUUGCCCGAUCCUACCUCUGUAAUGUUCUAAAACCUUAACGAACCCCUCACUUCCUCCGCUCAGCGGGAGAGCUUUGGAAAAUUACGACUAAUGUAUCUGCAAUUUCCUCAACUAUAUUAUUUAAUACCCUGGGAUGGAAACCAUCAGGUCGUGGAGAUUUGUCUAUCUUAAGUCCUAUUAAAUCUAGUAAAUUUGUCCCUUUGACUUAUUUUUAGGUUCCCUUUAUAGUCUACUUCUCCACUGAGAAAACGGAUACGUAGUACUCAUUUAACAAGUCUGCCGUCACUUAUUGUCCAUCACAGUCUUUAACAGUUGCCUUUGCCACUCUCUUUCUCUUAAUUGUAAAAACAUUUGCUGUUAGCUUUGAUAUCUCUAGCAAGUUCUCGUCAUGUUCCCUUUUUUGCACCUCUUAUUACUUUCUUUGUAUCUCUUUAUUCCUUUUUAUAGCUCUACCAGUCUGCUGCAUUACCAUGUUCCCCACAUUUGUGUAUUUGAAAAAUGGAAACAAGAAAAAGAUGAAUAUCUGAAGGAAAAAUGCAAGAAACAAAGACAAAUUGAAAUAGAAAAGAAGAAACAAGAAGAAGAAAAAAUAUCCGAAAAGAAGACAGCAAGUCUAACAGCAUUUCAAAAAUGGAGUGAAAAAAAAGAAGUGCUAAUAAAGCGAAAGUUGAAGGAAAAGAUACAGGAAGAACAGAGGAAGAAACAUGAAGAAGAGUACAUAAAAUAUGAGAAAGAAGAGACUGCAUUGGCAGUGUAUGAGGAAUGGCUGGAAAAGAAAGAACAACAAGAAAAGCGGGAAAAGAGUGAGAAGAAAAUCAUGCACUUUUUAAAUUGUGAGCCGCCUCCAUGGAGCCCUCCAAAUAAAACCAUUCCAUAUAGAAAAUAAACCGAUAUCAUUUGUAGCCAA